UGGCCUACCUGACAGGUGAGAGUGCCUUCCUUGCACGAGAAGUCUGAAGUCACCUAGUGGAAAUGUUCAACUGACAUCAUAGGUGUUGGGUGUUGCUUCAGAAACUCUACGUGUACAAAGCCGUAUAAAAGAUAAAAGACAUCAUGCAGAUCCUCGUAUUAUUGGUGGUCGUUCUGGUCCAGAUGGCCGCUGGACAGAACACCGGAAGUGAUCCUUUCGCCAUGUUCAACGCCAACAGCUUCACCGCAGGAACACAAAACACAUUUGAUCAGCCAACUUCGCCAGACUCUCCUUCAGCAAAUACAUUCGGUCAGCAACCAGCCCCGAAUCAGUUUGGUCAGCCACCGCCUAGUAAUGGUCAACAACAGCCUGCGGCCACACAGUUUGGUCAGCAGAAUCAAUUUGGCCAGCAGCCCACCGGUACCCAACCCAGCAAUCAAUUCAAUGGCAACAAUCCCACCAUGGCUUUCCAACAACCCCAGUUCGGCCAGCAAGCAGAACCACGUUCGGAAACCAGCCUAAUAACAAUAUGAACCAAAUUGGUGGCCAGCCAGGCAAUUUCAACGCCAUGGGCAACAACGGAAUGAACCCGGCGGGCAACAACGGUAUGAACCCGGCCAGCAAUGGUAUGAACCCGGCUAAUAAUGGUAUGAACCCGGGCAACAACCAACAACAGCUCACACCCGACCAGGCUUUCUUGGCUGGGGGACAAUGGAACCAGCAACAACCACAGCAAAAUGGUAGAACAAUGUUCUCCAGUUUCGACCCAAAUAACCCUGUUCCAUUCCAACAACGAGGAACCGCACAGAACGGUUUCGCUGGACCACAACAAGGUCCCCAGAGCUUUGUGAGUUUUGGGACAUCUGGGAAUGAUAUGAAUACUUUCCAAGAUAAUAAUCUUCCUGUCGGAGAAGUAGACAACAUCCGGUUUGGGAUUGGACCAAAUCAACAGCCUUUCCGUAUGGACGUCGGAUCAGUGAACUUUGGUCAGAACCCGCAACAACCUAGCGCAUCUGCUAACAGCUUUUCGCCAUUCACCCCCUUCACUGACCAAUCGGCAUUUGGCGGUAUGCCAGGAGGUGCCAUGGGUGGAAUGCCCGGGGGCGCCAGGGGAGGAAUGCCCGGGGGUGCCAUUGGAGGUAUGCCAGGGGGUGCCAUUGGAGGAAUGCCCGGGGGUGCCAUGGGAGGAAUGCCUGGCGGUGUCAUGGGAGGCAUGCCGAUGGGAGGUAUGCCAGGCGGUUUUGACACUGGUUUUGGUGGAUUCGGAGGUCCGGCAUCCCAAGGUUUUGGAUCAUUUCUUCCACCACCCCCACCUUCCAGCGGAGGAAUAUUCAGCAGACUGUUUGGAGGAGGUGCAGGCGGAGGCGGUGGCUUUUUCUCGAGUAUUUUCGGGAAAAAGAAGUAAGAGGUAUACAAGAGAGCAGAUACUUGCUGGACGAGAAUUCUGCCCUGUCGCCGUCACUUCUUCUGUGGACUCGUUUAUGAAAUAAAUUAAUUAUUUAAAUUCGGGAAACCAGGAAUGACAAUGUGAAUUAAAAUCUUUAUAAAUUUUCUAAAUUUCAAAAUUAAAAUUUAUGAAGAUAACAAAUUUGAUUGAAUAUAGUAAUAUAGAUUUGAGUCGAUAAAGUAAUGCACUUACACAAAAACGGUUUGAAGAUGAAGUUAUAUCGCUAGUCCCUGUGACGUAUUUAAUACCUCAUCAGGCUAUUUGAAUAUAAAACUUAAACUUUGUUGACAUUUAAACAUUUUCUGAUAAAACUAGUCAAACAUUACUCAUUUCUGAUGAAUCCUGUCAAACUUUACACAUUUCUGAUGAAUCUAGUCAAACUGUACACAUUUCUAAUAAAUCUAGUCAAACUUCAAACACUUCUGAUAAAUGUAGUAAAACUUUACACAUUUCUGAUAAAUCUAGUCAAACUUUACACAUUUCUGAUAAAUCCUGUCAAUCUUUACACAUUUCUGAUAAAUCUAGUCAAACUUUACAUAUUUCUGAUAAAUCUAGUCAAACUUUACACAUUUCUAAUAAAUCUAGUCAAACUUUACACACCUCUAAUACAUCAAGUCAAACUUUAAAGUGUCCUUACUUGAAGCAGUUAUCGUCGCUAAAGCCUGAUAUUAUAAAUCGUUUUGAUAAUAAUUACCUAUCGAGCGCUGUGAUAAACCGAUUUAAAGUCCCGUAAAGUUAGUAUUUUCCAGUUGUGACAUGGUUGCCAUGGCAAUAUGAAUCAUUUGAAGAUGAAUACACAUCGUACAAGUCUCUUGCAUACAAGGAAUAUAAAUGUAUUAUGCGUUCUCGUUAAACUGUAACUGGAAAAAAUUGUUGUGUAUUUUGUUGUAAUAAAAUGUUUAAACGUUUCACACUCAA